CCAAUCCUCAAUCUCUCACACAGAGUAAUAGUAGUGAACUCCUCCCCGGUUCGAGAAGGCCUUUUGCAUCUGGACUUGCGAAAUGGCAAGCGCUCUGCGUCUGCGCCGACGGCUGCUCGUUCGUGCCUUGUGCAUGGCGGCAUUUUCUUUCCUGUUCAGUGGGAGCGACGCCGCAGCGGCUGCGGAGAGGAAAAUGGUUGGGGUGUACGAGCUCAAGCAGGGGGAUUUCUCCAUCAAGGUCACCGAUUGGGGGGCCACUCUCAUGUCUGUGAUUCUCCCAGACUCCGAAGGGAACUUGGCCGACGUUGUCCUUGGCUACGACACCGUCGCUGAAUAUGUCAACGGGACCGCCUACUUCGGUGGUCUGAUCGGCCGCGUGGCGAACAGGAUCGCCGGCGCCCGGUUCACGCUGGACGGGAAGGCCUACCGGCUGUACCCCAACGACGGCAACAACUCGCUUCACGGUGGUCACCGGGGGUUCAGUAAGGUCAUAUGGACGGUGAAGGAGCACGGCGGCGGCGGCGACUCCCCUUACAUCACUCUCUACUACCACAGCUUCGACGGCGAGCAAGGGUUUCCCGGCGAUCUGGACGUGUACGUGACGUACCAGCUCUCGGCCCCAUACGUGCUGAGCGUGCGCAUGAACGCCACGGCGCGGAGCAAGGCCACCCCGGUGAACCUCGCGCACCACGCGUACUGGAACCUCGGCGGCCACGGAAGCGGCGACAUCCUCGGCGAGAUGGUGCAGCUCUUCGCGUCCCGGUACACGCCCGUUGACGCCGCGCUCAUCCCGACGGGCGCGGUCGAGCCCGUGGCCGGCACGCCCUACGACUUCCGCGCGCCGGCGCCCGUGGGCGCGCGCAUGGCGGACCUCCUGCGCGGCGGCGUCACCGGGUACGACACCAACUACGCCGUGGACGGCGGCGCGUCGAUCCUGCGGCGGGUGGCGCGCGUCCGGGACGGCGCGACAGGGCGGGCGAUGGAGCUGUGGGCGGACCAGCCCGGCGUGCAGUUCUACACCAGCAACGGGCUUGGCGGCGUCAGGGGCAAGGGAGGCAAGGUGUAUGGACGGUACGGUGCGCUGUGCCUGGAGACACAGGGCUUUCCCGACGCCGUGAACCACCCCAGCUUCCCGUCGCAGAUCGUGAGGCCGGGCCAGGUGUACAAGCAUGGCAUGUUGUUCAAGUUCUCCUUCUAGCAUAGCUUGGCCGUGAAACGAUACAUGCAUGCGGCUCGUCUCUUGUGCUGUGAACUGUCACACAGGUGUGUGGUGCUUGGACAACGGUUGGACCUGAAACUGUUGAAUGGUAUGAGGAAUAAUAAUA